AUGUCUUGCUUAAUCGACUCACCUGAGGGAGAAGACGACAUCGUCAAAGAUCGUAGUGCAACGCGCGAAAAUCUCUUCAAACGGUUUUUUUCCGCUCUGUUGCGUUCUUGAUUAUUAUAUUUCCAGGAAAAACGCGCUGAAUUAUAUGAAAGCUCAUCGCGAAUGGCUGAAGAAGAUUGAACGAUUUGAAGUUAACACUAAGAAAUCGUAAGUUUUUUUUUCUAUUCUAAAAUUUUAUCCCGCAACGUAUUUCCUUGCAGGCUAUGUGUUUUAUGUCAAACAUUCAUCCAAACCCUGCUCAUACGAACCCUCUUGGUUACCCUGUUAUCAUUCGAACCCAAAUUUCCUAAGUGCUCAUUCUGAUCCCGAAAAAAAAGUGAAAAAUGUGAAUAGCCGGGUUGGAAUAUGAAGUAGUAUAGUCGUAAACAGUUUUCAAAAAAUUUUAAUAAGAUUUCGAGUUAAUCCCUUCUUGAUCCGCGGUUGACAGAUUCGCUCAUUAUCAACCUGCAUGCAUGGCAGCACACGCCAAUUUCUGUUUUUAUCACUGAAAACGUCCAAAUAAAGUUUUUUUGAAAUUUUUCUUAAAUAAAUUUCCUCUUAUGUUUUGAAUUUCAAAACAAAUGAAUGUCUGCCGCUUAUUCUUAAUCUGUUUUUUCGGAGUAUGAAGCCCUCGUGCAAUAGUUUUUUUUUGUUUCAGAACACGUGCACCUGAGUUAAGAGAUUUAGUAGAGAAGCUCUUUCCCGAGGUCAAGAAGGAUCGAGAAGACGAAGUGAGCUCUUUUUUUGUCUUUUUUUUUCAACAUUUUUUUUCAAGGAACGGAUAGCACGCGGAGAGCGUCUACGCGGCGAAGACUUACAAAAUGUUAAUUCGAAGGUUUUUUUGGCCUUUUUCUUUCUUGAACUUCCUCAUAUUGUUCGUAUAACUUUUUCACAGUGGACACCUCAAAAAGUGACAAUACUCAAAUCCAGAGGUGGAGGAUGGCUGCCUACUGGCCGCCCUGCCUGCCAAGCCAUAAACGCCCGAAAGAAGAAAUGACUUUUUCAAUAGUAAUUCAAUGACUCCUUUCUAUCGCUUGGCUAAAUGGCUUGGCUUGGCCGCCAAGCCAAAGGCUGCCUUCCCAAUCCUCCACCUCUGCUCAAAUCCUCUACCAAUGCGCUACUGAUCGUUUUAAAAAUGCCCCAAUCUUUUAAGGCGGAACAAAGAGAAAAAUGGAGACGAGGGGUUGUUUUGCCGCCGGACAUGCUGACACCGGAAGAACGGCUCGCCGACGUUUUUGAGGAACGACCCGGCUCCACUAUCGAAGACAUGGCCGCAGUUCAGCGGAAAAUGUAUGUUUCGCUCUUUUUUAUAAUUUAUUUCUUCAAAUUCAUCGUAUCUUUUGUGCAGGUUGCAAGAAAACGAAGAGUCCUGGACGGAAGGAGAGGAAGAGUUGUUCACCAGUCGCUUACAGGUGAUCAUCGUUUUCGUUGAAAUUCUGUUUGAUGGAAAAUUCAGGAGUUUGGUAAGAAUUUCGCCGCACUCACCUUGUACUUCGACAACAAAAACUGCAAAGACUGCGUUUUGCACUAUUACAUGACGAAAAAGGAGCGAAAAUACAAACUAUGCUUCAACAAACGGAAAAAACCACGCGUCUACCGUAUGACGUACAAGGUACGGUUCACUUUUUUUAGUGGAAAAAAGUUCGUAUGGUUAUCUGUAAGACAAGAGCUUAUAAAAUUAUCAGAGUGGUUUUGGGACUGAAAACGUAUGUUUUUAUCGAUUUGGAGUUUUUUUUUGUGCUCAGUUGCAGGCUCCGCAGAUGCCGACCGAGGAAGAAGUGGCCAAAUUCAAGAAUUUCAUGAAGUCGAAAAGCUAUCUUUCGACUUCCGAGAAGCAAUUUGGCUCCAUGUGUUUUGUCUGCUGCGAACAACUUCAUCCGACCAGUAAUCCUGGCUGUCUAUUGCCGAAUAACAGCUAUGAAACCUUCGGUUUAAAUUUUUUCUUCAAUUUAGAUUCCUUUUUAUUGACCGAAACGGUUAGCCUUUCUUUUUUUAAGUUAUCUCCAGAAUUUAUUGUAGUUCAAUUUUGUUUUCUCAAAAUUUCAUCCAGCUUUUUAGCUGCCCCUGUUCAAAACUGUUGGAAUCUGUCCAGGCGAAUCGUUUGAUUUCACUCGCCGUCAAUUGACAGCAAAAAUUGAAAAAAUUCGGACUUUGAAAAAAUCCGACUCAUCUCUGAUGAAACUCACAGGCCUUUUCAAACUUUCAACGGAAGUUUCUUUCAUCAAUACAGCGCAUUUCAUCGAAAAACCGUACGGCGACCGGAUGUUUUGAAGAGGCUAUAGAGGACUUCUUAGCUGAAUAAAUUUCAGCUCACAAGAAUAAAAGCACAAAAAAUUUACAAAAUUACUGAAAGGACGCUAGAUUGCGGAUUUCCAGACACUUCGCUGCCCUUUUAAAGUAGAAAAUCAACCAUGUCGUGGAGAAGGGCUAUUUAGAGAAAAAUUGAAAAACUUCUUAUGACAAUAAUCAUUAUUUCAUAUUCUAAAUAGUUUAAUGAUAUGAUUUCCAGCAAUAUCAUCUUCAAGACAGCGAGAAUACUGCUUGAAAUGCAAAUCGGAGGCAUGGCGUCUGCGCAACUCAAGGUUUUUUUUCGUCAAGAUAAAGUCAAAAAGAACCAAAUUUAGUAAAUGCCACGUGCCAAACUGCGUAGCGGCCAAACGCAAAAUGAGACCGACCAAGUCUUUGCCGACGAAGCUUCGCGAAUUGUCGUUGCAGCAGCGCGCCUUCAUAUUCGACCAAAUGGAGGUGCCGCGAGCGACUCUCAAGUUCUGUGGACCUUGUCACAAGCGUUUCCUCAAGAAGAUCGAACAGGUUUUGUCUAUUGUUUCGUAUCGUUCGAUUUUUCGUUUCAGCUUCUUUCUGGGGAACUUGACGAAGAGUUCGAAAAGUUCCUAGGACAUGCUUUGUGGCCUGAAGCUGAGGUUUCCUUAUUUUUUUUUUAAAUUCAUGUUCUCGAUAUUUUUCAGAAUAUGAAGCUAAAGCAGUUGGUGGAGGAACAUGGAGCAGAAAAUUGGGAUUUGAUUUUGGAGAAAAUGGGUCCUGGGAAAACGUUGGAAGAAUGUCGACAACAAUUUGACAUGAUAAUAGCGAAAGAGACAAGUUCUUCCGUCGUCGGCCCGUCUUCAUCGAAAGCAUUCGAGAAGUGGAAAGAACUCCGAGAAAGAGUUUAGAAGUGUUCUUUAGGGAGGACGAAAUGGACGUCGAUGAUGGAAAUGGAGCCAUGGACGAUGAUAUCAUGGAGAUCGAUGUGCCAAUGGUGAGAAUCGCCUCAAAAUUUCUUCUGGUUUGGUGGUCGCCAUGUACAAAGUUCACGUUUGAUGAUCGGCCAUUGGAAGCAGGGUUGUUCGGAAUAAACUUUUUGUAAUCGAGAUAAGGCAAAUCUUUUCGAUUUUAUUUUCGAGACGAGCAGAAUUAAAAAAAAAAAACUUCGAGAAAAGACGAGGCGAAAUCUCGACCUGAGGUCGAGAUCUUGUGAAGUCGUGUGGUAUUUAAUAAAAACCGCCGAAAACCGACAUUUUCUCCACGAAGUCGUCUCAAAAAUAAGGACUUGGUCUCGUUUUUUUAGUUCAAAAUUAGUUCAAAAUUAGUUCAAAAUGAAAUCAGUUCAAAAUGAGCCGUUUCCACAAAAGAUAAUUUCAAGAUGUCGUUUCUGAGAGAAGUUUCUUUCAUUUUCUAUAUAGCAUCAGCUAGAGCCAGUCACUAUCGGUUGAACUGUGCAAGGCCCAAUCUGCACAGUCGUGUCUUUAUUUCGAUUAUCUUAUUGCAAAGCGAAACUUUUACAUCGGAAACGAUUUGGCUUAUGAAGGUUCUGCGACUAAAAUUAAUCGUCCGUUACAGUCGAAUCGAAAACCGUCUUCGUUGCUUGAGUCGAUGAAGUCGCCGCAUCGGACCUCGUCCAUAUCAACUCGUCUUCCGCCGGAGCUCUGUUCUGGGCCCUUCACAGUUUCUAACCGCACGGUCGAAAACAGUCCCGAGCCCUCAGUGAUGUCAGUAGACGACCAGGACGACGGUAACUUACUAAGAUUUUGAUGUUCUUUCAAGAUUCCUUCUUUCAAGUCCGCAUUAGUACAAUUUUUUUAUAUGGGUCAUUGCACCACGGUACUUUUUGAUCAUAAAAAAACUUUCUUAUGAUUCCCAUCAAAAAAAGCUUUUUUUAAUAAAAAAAGCAAAUAAUUUUUUUCAUGAGUUUUUGAUGUGAAUAAAAUAAAAAAACAAGUCCCAAUUAUAUUUGAAAAAAAAGGAGAAUAUUGUGUCAGAAAUAUGAUUCAGAAUUUAUGUGUUUUUCUCCUUAAAGUUGCUACUUUACGCAUCUUUAUGUUUUUUGUACCCUUUUUGAUUCCUUAUGAGCUAGUUUUGAGCAGAAAAACUUUCAGAACAUUUGAGUUCUCCUGGAGAAGCGUCAAACUCUCUGGACAACGCGCCCUCAAGCGGUCACUCUCGGCCUUGCUCUUAUCCCGUCGCCUCGCCUCCAUCGAACUCCGUCGCUGAGCCUCUGACAGGAGUUUUAAACGCUUCUCGUGAAAGGGAGGAGCUCUACAGAAUCAUUUUCUCGAAUGGUUUCAAAAAUGUAAUUUAAAAAAAAACUCAAACGCGUCCCUGUGUUUUCGAUAAAUUAGUUACAAUACUAGUACAUAACUAAUGUUAACUUUCACACCCAGUUUUCCUUAACAUUAUUACAAGAGUUCGUCCAAAUUCAAAAUUCGGCUUUUUCAAAAACUAAAAGGAGCUUUGAGUUCCCUUUUUCAGUACUUUCAUUCUUUGUCGGAGCCGUUGCGGAAAACUAAGGAUACAUUGAUCAGGACGUAUCAAGUGCCUCCCGCCACCUACGAAGGUAAGUAUCUUGGAAUUUUAUUCUUUCAGAGAGCACCUUCAAUUUUUUCCGUUUUUAUAUGAUAUUUGCAGAAGUGCUCGAUCGACUUUUCAGGCUUCCAAGCAUGGUUCGUUUUGAUUUUUUUUUUUCUCAGACGUUUAUCAUUUUCGACGUUCAGCAAAACCAUCUAAUUUCGUUGGCUCGGUUUUACAAGGAUUUAGUGAGCUCCAAUAAGGAUGAAAUCCAAGUAAGUAUUUUUAGUUUCCGCCUUAUCAACUCUGGGUUUUUUCUCUUCGAAUUAAUUUGAGAACCGCAUAUUUUUUUUUGAGAAAGAUUUACGAUACUUUUUCUAGGAUUCAAUGCCUUAUCUCACACAAAAACCAAAUAUUUGGCGAUCGAGACAAACCCUUAGGUAGUCCCUCCAUUUAAAUAAAAUAAAAAUUCCCCCCGAAGGAAAAUUGGCCAAUACUUUUCCGAACCGUGCUUUAUCCGAACCAAAUUCCGAACCAAUGAUUUAUCCGAACCUACUUUAUCCGAACCACCCUAUGCUUUAUGCGAACCACUUUUUUUUAGAAUGCAUGCUUUAUCCGAACCACUUUUUGUAAAAAGUUUAUUACUUUUUUUACUAUUUAAAUGCCGUUUUUCUUAGCUUUUUUUGCGAUGACUAGUUGCCCCAUAAGACUCAAUGACCUGGAACUAGAAUUUUUCUGUCAAUUUCUUUUUUUCGAAUUUCUUGUUAUAUGAGUUUGAUUUUUCGCUCAUAUUUUCUAAAACAUCCAAAAACUGAUCUUCCAAACUCCAUCUUAUUAUUCAAGACUCUGAAGGUAUAGAAAAAUUGAACUCGAGCUGAAAAGAAUAUGGACAUGCCCCGGUUAAACCUUGUUUCCCAACAAAGAUCGCUUCUGGACGUUUUUCCUUGAACAUUUCGAUGCCUGUUGGUUCAUCGUAGGAGAAUCUGCGAACGGCUCAUUAGAAGAAGUUCUCUCGAGUUCAGUUAUUCGAAUGAGAUUUUUCUUUAUGAAAGUUUCUAGACAGCUUUAUGUAUGGUUUUUUGACAGAUAUUAUUUCUUAAUAUCGCCGCCUUUUGUGAUCUUUCACUUCUUCCAUGCAUGUUGGUUCUUCGUAGGGGAAUCUGCGAACAGCUCAUUAGGACGAAUCCCCUCGAAUUUAGAUAUUCAAAUAAGAUAUUUUCUUUAGAAAAUUCUAGGAAGGUUGAAGAAAGGCUUUUCAAAGCUGAAUUAAUAUUAAUCAGCGUUCUAAAAGUGAAUGAUAAAUAAUAAAAGAUCGAAAUGAGUUCGAACUUUUGCUGGCUCCAGCCCAACCCAUUCCAUUCAAUGUUUUACCCGUUCCGACCGUUCCCUUUUUGAAAGCUGAUCGUUUGUUCAGGAACAUUCAAUGAUUUUUUUUGUCAUCGAACAUUUUUUUUUCUGUUGUUUUUUUCAACAAUAAAUUAGUCCAAAUCUAGCAAAAAUUUUGUUUCAGCAGGUUUUCAGGAUGUUUGAAGGAGGCUCGGAAGGUUGACGAGAGGGGCCUCGGAGAUUGGCUGCCUCGGAAAUCAAAAAAAUUCAGAACUUUCAAACGGCUGAAAGUGAUUUGAAUCUGAGCUUCGGAUAAUCAGAAUUGCAAAAUUUUUUUCUGACACACACACUCAAAUCAUUUCAGUCUUUAAAAAAAUAUUUCGUUCCAGAUAGUUCAGGAAAAAAAGAUUAAUGAAAAAUUAAAAUGAGAUGGAAAUUAAAUUAGACUUUGAAAGAAAUUAUUUUUGAUAUCCUAAAACUUUUUCCUUCAUAACUUUAGAAAAGGCACUCGAAAUACAAAUUGACUUCUAUGACUUAAAAAAAGAAGGAAUUAAACUUAUAAGAGAAAAAAAGCUCGGAACAUUGGCAGAAAACCGUAAAAAGGAACGAUUAUUUCGAAAAAACGAUAAUUUACGAAGGCGCAAAGGUUUCGCGCGCUUUCUCAUCGUUUCGAUACCUGCACUUUCUUCCCUUGGAGAUUUGCCAGCGCAAAUAAUUUUUUCCUCUUUUUAGCAAUUCCUUCUGUUUAUUUCAUUGUAUUUUUUAUAUAUACGUCAUGAUUUUUCAAAUUUAAUUAUUUGCAUGAUUACAAUAUUUGAUUUACCACUGAAAUUUCUAUUUUUUCCUGCAAAUAUUGCCCUUUUUUGUAUGUUAAGACAAGUUUGGCCUAAAAAGUUUUUCCUUAAACUUUUUAAUUUAUUUACCAUUUAUAUUUUUCUAUCCAAAACAAUUGAAUGCGAGCAGAUCUUUGACCUGCAUUUUCAGCCAGGUUCUAGAACCUGUGGGAAUCAAGAAAACUGCUCAAUGGAAAUAAAACGGACGAGAGGGGCCUCGGAAAUCAAAAAUUCAGAACUUUCAAACGGCUGAAAGUGAUUUGAAUCUGAGCUUCGGAUAAUCAGAAUUGCAAAUUUUUCUGACAACAUACACUCAAAUCAUUUCGGUCUUUAAAAAAUAUUUCGUUCCGGAUACAGCAGGUUUUCAGGAGGUUUGUAGGAUGCUGGGAAGGUUAACGACAGGGGCGUUCAGUCAAAAAAACAAGAAGAUGCCGACAGGAAUCACUUUCAAAGACGUAAAACUGAACGUGGAGACAGCUGAAACCAAUCGAACGUGAAUUUUUGGCAUGCUUGAAUCGGAUUUUUAUCAUUGUCAUCUACACUGAAACCUUUUUUUAGAUGUAUUCGGAACGGCAGAAAGAAUUUUUUUGUCAAAAAUUAUUUCCAUUGAGCAGUUUUCUUGAUUCCCACAGGUUCUAGAACCUGGCUGAAAAUGCAGGUCAAAGAUCUGCUCGCAUUCAAUUGUUUUGGAUAGAAAAAUAUAAAUGGUAAAUAAAUUAAAAAGUUUAAGGAAAAACUUUUUAGGCCAAACUUGUCUUAACAUACAAAAAAGGGCAAUAUUUGCAGGAAAAAAUAGAAAUUUCAGUGGUAAAUCAAAUAUUGUAAUCAUGCAAAUAAUUAAAUUUGAAAAAUCAUGACGUAUAUAUAAAAAAUACAAUGAAAUAAACAGAAGGAAUUGCUAAAAAGAGGAAAAAAUUAUUUGCGCUGGCAAAUCUCCAAGGGAAGAAAGUGCAGGUAUCGAAACGAUGAGAAAGCGCGCGAAACCUUUGCGCCUUCGUAAAUUAUCGUUUUUCGAAAUAAUCGUUCCUUUUUACGGUUUUUCUGCCAAUGUUCCGAGCUUUUUUUCUCUUAUAAGUUUAAUUCCCUUCUUUUUAAGUCAUAGAAGUCAAUUUGUAUUUCGAGUGCCUUUUUCUAAAGUUAUGAAGGAAAAGUUUUUAGGAUAUCAAAAUAAUUUCUUUCAAAGUCUAAUUUAAUUUCCAUCUCAUUUUAAUUUUUCAUUAAUCUUUUUUUCCUGAACUAUCUGGAACGAAAUAUUUUUUUAAAGACUGAAAUGAUUUGAGUGUGUGUGUCAGAAAAAAAUUUGCAAUUCUGAUUAUCCGAAGCUCAGAUUCAAAUCACUUUCAGCCGUUUGAAAGUUCUGAAUUUUUUUGAUUUCCGAGGCAGCCAAUCUCCGAGGCCCCUCUCGUCAACCUUCCGAGCCUCCUUCAAACAUCCUGAAAACCUGCUGAAACAAAAUUUUUGCUAGAUUUGGACUAAUUUAUUGUUGAAAAAAACAACAGAAAAAAAAAUGUUCGAUGACAAAAAAAAUCAUUGAAUGUUCCUGAACAAACGAUCAGCUUUCAAAAAGGGAACGGUCGGAACGGGUAAAAACAUUGAAUGGAAUGGGUUGGGCUGGAGCCAGCAAAAGUUCGAACUCAUUUCGAUCUUUUUAUUAUUUAUCAUUCACUUUUAGAACGCUGAUUAAUAUUAAUUCAGCUUUGAAAAAGCCUUUCUUCAACCUUCCUAGAAUUUUCUAAAGAAAAUAUCUUAUUUGAAUAUCUAAAUUCGAGGGGAUUCGUCCUAAUGAGCUGUUCGCAGAUUCCCCUACGAAGAACCAACAUGCAUGGAAGAAGUGAAAGAUCACAAAAGGCGGCGAUAUUAAGAAAUAAUAUCUGUCAAAAAACCAUACAUAAAGCUGUCUAGAAACUUUCAUAAAGAAAAAUCUCAUUCGAAUAACUGAACUCGAGAGAACUUCUUCUAAUGAGCCGUUCGCAGAUUCUCCUACGAUGAACCAACAGGCAUCGAAAUGUUCAAGGAAAAACGUCCAGAAGCGAUCUUUGUUGGGAAACAAGGUUUAACCGGGGCAUGUCCAUAUUCUUUUCAGCUCGAGUUCAAUUUUUCUAUACCUUCAGAGUCUUGAAUAAUAAGAUGGAGUUUGGAAGAUCAGUUUUUGGAUGUUUUAGAAAAUAUGAGCGAAAAAUCAAACUCAUAUAACAAGAAAUUCGAAAAAAGAAAUUGACAGAAAAUUCUAGUUCCAGGUCAUUGAGUCUUAUGGGGCAACUAGUCAUCGCAAAAAGCUAAGAAAACGGCAUUUAAAUAGUAAAAAAGUAAUAAACUUUUUACAAAAAGUGGUUCGGAUAAAGCAUGCAUUCUAAAAAAAAGUGGUUCGCAUAAAGCAUAGGGUGGUUCGGAUAAAGUAGGUUCGGAUAAAUCAUUGGUUCGGAAUUUGGUUCGGAUAAAGCACGGUUCGGAAAAGUAUUGGCCGGAAAAUUAAACCCAGUCGCCAUCGUGGGGGAGCCACGAAACAAAAGGAUUUGGGUUUCCCCCGCAGUUUUUCAAAAUUUAAUCAACCUGAACUCAACAAAAGUUUGAAAAUUCAAAUCAUCAAAAGUUUUUUCACUGAAAAAAAUUCCUAAAUUGUGUGCUAUAAAAUUUGAGUUUUCCUGUCAGUAAAAGCUUCACUAGAGUUAUUGAGCCCCUCAAAAAGUUAAACAUUCGACUUAAUCAAAAUAUGAUUUAUGAAGCUUCUUUUCAUGAUGAUGAUUAAUUAAUUUUUUUAGUAAGGCACACAAUUUUUGGAAUAUGUUUUUCAGUGAAAAAAAUUUCGCUGAUUUGAAUUUUCAAAUUUUUUUUGAGUUCAGGUUGAUUAAAUUUUGAAAAAUUGCGGGGGAAACCCAAAUCCUUUUGUUUUGUGGCUCCCCCACGAUGGCGACUGGGUGUCCCGAGUUUUGUUGGCAUCCGAAGGAUGUCUUCAAAUAUUUUCUUGUGGUGAAAGCGGAAAAAAUUUCUGAAGAAACAUGUCCAUGGAUAUAAAAAUGAAAUCUCAAAUUUUGAACAUUUUUACUGUCCGAAAAAAACAUGUCCUAGUGAUUUACUACCUUCAAUUUUUUUUCACAGCUCGAAACUUCUCAUUUUUACACUUUCUUAUAUAAAUUAUUUUUAAGAAAUCCUUUCUUCAUUAGGGUCUGAAUAUAGUUUUCAAAUACAGUUUGAACGAUUUCAAACGUUUUCUAACUGCGAACCUAAAACGAAGUCUUUUUCCUCCCUGGGGUUUUUUUGAAAAUGGCCUUUUUAAAUUUUUUUAGUUAACCUAGAAUGGUGUAUGCCCCUUGUUAUGGUAACCGUAACGGAAACAAAAAACUUUGUUUCGACCUGAUACUUUGAUUUCGAAAAAAGUUAUGAGCGAAAAACCUCGAUAAUUUUCAUCCCAGGGCAUACAAAAUUUUUCGGUUUCCGGGCAUAGAAUUUUUUUUGGGUGAAAAAAUUUUUUCUUUUGUUUUGAUCUGGAAAUGACCUAGUAGAUGUAAAAAUGCGCGCUGAUCACGAUUUUGCUAGUUUCGAGCCAAAAGAACAAGAGAUAAAAAAGUUAUUCGGGAAACUUACGCAAAAUUACAUGUUUUUUUAGAAUUUUCGGGUCUUAGAUGGAAAAUUCGCCUAAUCCAUGUUUGGCUCAAUAGAUGGAGUAUUUUUUUGUGGUUCCAAUAGAAACAAGAUAAAACGCCGGACCGCAACGUCAUACACUGGUUCCGAUUUUUUUUUGAGAAAAAUCCUCUAAUAUGAGCAAUAAUGAGCAAGAAUGAGUAAUUAUAUUUUUUUAAAAAAAUUGAAUAAAAUUAUUUUGCACCUUAUUACAAACUUUGGUUGAGUUUCGUUGGAUUUUUUUGUCGAGAUAUAGACUUUCGAAGGGUUCUACCGUAUCCCUUUGAGCCACCGUAUCUCGAAAACGGCUCGAGUGAUGAUAUUCAGUUUUUUUUUCAAAAAAUCCUGAAAAUCGUGUUCUACAACAUAUUUGAUUUAGAGAAAAUUUCACCCUAACGCUCAUUUUUUUUUUUCCAACUCAUCCUAAACCCAAAAAACGCACGCAUAAAAGAUCAUGAAAAUGCCAUCUUUUGAAUAAAAAUAAGUUUUACAGAUGGAACAAAUAAAGCAGCAAGCGAAUCUGCUAGUAAGUUCUGUUGAUCUGAGUUACCUUGAGAGCAAUUUGACGAUUUCUUAUUUCUGGAUGAAAUACAGAAAUGAACUCGCAAAGGUCCUCUUUCCACUUGUUUUUUCCUUAACAGAGCUUUUUUUUCAGGUUGAACAGGAAAUUCUAACCCUCCAAGGUCAGAUAAACAUCAAAAUUUCCGAAGCCGAGGUCCUCAAUAAACGGAAAAAGGUGAGAGAAAUGUCAAAACUUUUUUUUUUAACUUUAUUUAGGAGGUCGAGAAGGCGUUCACAAAUACUUUCCGUUCGAAUCUUGUUGGUUCUAACAAAGACAAGGUCGUCAAGCACGACUACCAUCAGGUUUUUUUGUGUCUUACUUUUCCCGCAUUAUUCACUUUUUUUAAAAAAAUAUGAAACUUGCAGUUAACGUAAAAUAGAAAAAAACAAAAUUGAAAGCUGAAAAAAAUUUUUUUCAUGUCGUUUUUUUAUUUUUUUAUUUUUCAAAAUUUAUAUAAAUGGUGGUUUACAGAUUGAGAGCGAGCUAAACUCUGUGGAGAAGGUGAUAAAAGAGCUGCAAAAUAAGAAAGACGAUUUUUUGACCGGGUGAGUCGAGGCCGCAGACGUGAAAAUAUCUUCACGUCGUUGAUGCGAUACUCUUCAAAAUGAAAUGUAGUAGUUUUCAAGUCUACGCAAAAUUUAUAUUCUAGCAAAUCGGCUCGUGAAUUUUUUCGAAGUUUCAUUUUUUUUUUGUUCCAUUUUCUCAAAUUAUGACCUUCACUAUCUUUUAAUUUCAAGCGUUCCAGGAAGUUAAAAUGUGAAUUGAACAUCGCGGAAAUUGAAAGAGGAAUGGAGACUCCUUUGGACGAACUUCUCGUCUUUUCGCAAGAAGCGAAGCUCAUCCCCACCGUCUCUGGUUUGUCUAUCAACGUGAGUUUUAUUUUGUUUUCUUUUCCAUGUCAUGCGAUGCCCAGUCCCCUUCCUUCUUCCAGAAGCAAACAACGCUGGAUGCUUCGUUGAGACAGUCAGAAGUGACGACGUCGCGGACUGAAGUUCCUCCAGCAGCACUUCCCCUUUAUGAGCAUCAAGCCACUUCGAACGUCGUUCAGCUUCUGACGCCGUCAACGCCGCCUUCGUCCAAGCCGCCUACGCCUCCAGUGUCCAAGUCGGCAACGCCGCCCGCGUUUGCCCCGCAUAUGACGUCGUCAACGUCGUCGACGGCGCCGUCGCUGCUUCUCCAGAGGCCGAUUCCGCAGGUGGCUGUCGUCCAGCAGCGGCCGUCCAUGUUGCAGCAGAAGAACCUGAUCGGGAUUCGGCAACCUGAUCCUCGUUCUUCGGUUUUUUUUUUUCGCUUUUUUUCGAAUAUAAUUUUCACGAUAACUCAUUUUUACGAAACUUCCAAACUCUAACUUGAAGAUUUCUUUUGUCGAGGAAAUUCAUUCACGAAAAGAAUCGCAAUAAAGCAAAGAGAGGAAAGCCGGGAAGAAUUUAUCAAUGGAGGUAGAAAAAAUUUCCCACAUAUUUCAAGAAAGUUUUUGCCAUAUCUGGGUGUUUUUUCUAAUCAAUAGUUUUGCCAGCACCCCAGGUUGAUAGUGAUAGUUUGCUCUUUCGAAAAUGACAUAUUUUUUUUUUAGCAAAUCUCCAACGGCGGCGUGAACGUAUCGAUAAGCAAUCCAUUGAUGUCGUUGGCUCAAAAACAGAUGGCUCAUCGCGUUCGGCGAACAUUAUUUGUUUUAAUGAUCUAUUUUGUUACAGAGAAUGCAAGAAACGCCGGAUUUGACAGGAGAAAGCAGAACGAAGCGAAAAUCAGGAAUCGAAACCAUCUCCGGCCUUGCUCAAGCGACGCCAAGUCGACCACAACUUGUUCCGCAGCAACGACGAGGGGCAAGUCCUGCCACCAUCCAUCAGCAGCUGGCCCAAACCGCAGCCAACUUUCCCCGGAUACCUCUGGUAACGAAUUCAUGCCGGCGAAACUGAACGCGAACUUCAGGCUGCCGGAAGAAGCAUCGUGACUGGAACUGCGGGAGUCGGACGUUCCCUGUUGCUACCGUCGACUAGCGCCGUCAACUCGACGACGACUCAACGCCACGCUCUCUCCUCCUCGGCCACAAGCUUCUCGCCUUUCGGCCACGCCGCUUCUGCCACUCCGAUCGGCAUGAACGUGCAGCAGCAUCUCCUGCAGCAGUUUCAGCAGUCCACCUCCUAUCCUCGCGCUCCAUCUUCCGACAACCAACUCAACACCGCGUCUCCGCGCGCCCCGCCCAUCGCUAUCCAGUAUCCUUUGGUAUGAUUUCUUUCGAAUCUACUUUGAAAUGGUACACGUUAGACGAAACGAGGUGGUUUCAUGUCAUUUUGAAAAUUUAAGCGACCAUUUUUUUGGAGAAAUCGUGAAGGCUUCUCGACCAACUUGAUGUUAUGUUUGAAUUCAUUUUGAAAAGUUUAGAGACAAAUAUUAUACAGGGUGAGUACUAAUUAUUGAAACACGUUUGAACAAGCGCAACUCCGAGGAAAAGUGAAUGAUCCGUACCAAAAUUUUUCAUUGGCAAUUCUGGCAAAUACAUUCCAAAAUUCAUGAAACUAUUCCAAUUCCUAUCUUCAUUCAGCUCUGCUCUGGCUCGAAAAGUGUGUAGGACCCAAGCCCCAACGGCACGCGGUCAUUUUUCGAUGUUUAUAACUGGUAGAAAGUUAUCUGAACGUUAAUGUUCAAAUAAAUACACAAAAACUAAACUUUGGGUUUUUCGCAAUAUUUCUUAGAAAUUUCCAUCAAUGAGCGUUAACACAAAUGAUAGGAGCACUCCCCGAAAAGAGCUAACAAAACCGUUUUUUUCAUUUUUAAAAUCAUGCAAAACGGAAUUUUAUCUCUGCUCGAACUUGAUUUUUCCUAAUUCAAGGUGUAAUAUGCGAUUAAUCGUUGAUCUUAGAUUUAUUCGCAUAUUUUGCAGUUCUAAAAAGAAAGUAAAUCUAGAGUAGCCUGAAACACAUUCAGAAUAAAGAGUAACGCUAGUAGUAUAAGACAAAAAUAAUUUGGGUCCCUAGAGUUGGCUCCCUUCUAAGAAAAAUUGCCGUUGUUAGAGAUGAUGGUUAGCAGCGUGCCAAAACCUGAUUUUGGGCAACCGAUUGGUAGGUUCCAAUUUAUCAUGAUUUGAUCAAAAAACAAGAUAUUAGAAAAAUGUUAAGACUUCAAGUUCACGAAGGCGUAUAGACUCUAAAUAAUUAUGAGUGAGUUUUAUUUAUCAAGUAUGAUGGGUACGCCAGUCCUGAAACCGUUGUUUCAAUAUUUAGUACUCACCCUGUAGUUCAACUCGUUACAAAAAAUAUAGGUGACAAAAGAAAACUCGAUUUCAUGAAAAAUUGUAUCUUUAGACAUAUAAUUCUUUUAUUUAUAUAUACAGGGUGGUCCAAAAGUAUUGUCGCAUAUAAAAAUGAACGUAAAUUUGUGCAAACACGAUGGAUUUUGCUGAAACUUUUUUGAGUCAGACUAACAUGCACUAUAGAUAGAUAAAAACCAAUGAAAAAAAGUUUCUAUUUCAAUUCAUAUGCGUGAAAAAAACUAUAUAUAUUUUUUUAAAUGUUUUUUUAAUUAUAUAAAUCAGCUACACUGUUUCUAUUUAAUUGGAAUACGAUGAAAAAUUCUCCGCUCACGCGAAAGUUUACUUUUUUUUAAACGGGUAGAGACGCUUUCGCAACCUUUUUUAACAUGUUUUCACACAUUUUCGUGUUGCAGGAAUUCAUUCUCAUUACAGGCAGCUACAACGUCGAAUACAGCCGCAUCUGUCAUAGGACUCAAUAAUUCUUUUUUGAUGGGACAAACACAAGCUGUUCGCCAAACGGUAAGGACCACGUUAAAGAUCUAUCAGAGUUUUUUGAUUUCAGCAAGCCCUCUCUACUCUCCCCGCCACUACCGAAACGAUCAGAAUGGUCGUCAGUUCACAUGUCCCGGGCAUCGCUGACCAACAGACGCCGAAUUCCAACGACUCGUACUCGGAUCUGUCGGACGACGGCGAGAACGACGAGACGCAGGCUGAAGCUUAUGCCGCAAAGCUUCGAAGUUGGUGUUUGCGUUAUUUAUUUAAACUCCGUGUAAUGAAAGAUUCAGAAAAAUAAAUUGAAAAAUGCAAAAAAGGGCGGAAAGCCGACUUUGUUAGUCAGAUCUAUUAAAAAAAACCGUCAAUCUAUUUCUUUUUUUAAUUUGCUAGAAGUUGAACAAGGGAAAUUUUUCAGAAAGAAAGACUCUGGGAGUAGAGUUUAUUAGCCGGCGGCGAAAAAUAUUCAAGGCUUUUUUUUGUAUGUAAGGUGAAAAGUUGCACAAGAAGCGCGAGAUUCUUCCUCCUAUUUUUUACUUUCCGUUCAUAUUUAUACUUACUCAUGAGUUAUCGCAAUUAUGAGUGAGUCUACUCUUCUUUGUUCACGGACAUCAGUAACGCAAAAAAAAAAAUAGAACGUGUCGGGGCAUUUUAGAGACCAAUUUAGUAACGUCAAAACUCUUAAGCGAUCCCUAAAAUCGCUCAGAAACGUUCGGUUUUCGUUACUGAGGUCCGAGUAAUACGGAGGAAUUUGCCCUGAAAAUAGCGAAGUUCGCUUCAUUUGAUGACUUCAGACCUUCCUGUCGGGAACUUCUCACUUCUCGAUUUUCCUGACGAGUUGUGGAUACCGAAGACUCAAGCCCUGAAAGCGGUCACCUCUUCGUCGCGCUUGAACGGUUUCGACGUUGUCUCGUUCACUUCUUCUCACGUUCCCUCCAUUAACAAUCCCAUUCAAGUCCUCAACCCGAAUUUUGCCGAGGAAAUGUCUGAUGAUGACUAA